AUGCCGCGUGUUGCUAAUCCUCCGCGCGCACAGCACUUCUCAGCUACGACUCCGCAAAAACAAGCACCGCAAUCUUCUCUUAAAAUUUCUAUACACGAUGACCGCCAGGAGAAGGCAGCGCGCCUCCAAUCGCGACAGGCACUCCAUGACCUCCAGAUGAACACCCUAAAGGCGGCAGCAUCGCCCAUGAGAAAGCUUGCUCAUAACAAUCGGAAUACUAGCGAUAGUCCCAAGACUCCGCGAUCACAGUAUGCAAGAGGAAAGGAGAACGCGGAAGAUGGAGGCUUGGGUAUAGUCGCAGCAUCUGCCAUGACUCCAAUGAAGAGGGUACCCAUUCUUGCUAAUUUUGAAGAAUGGAUGAAAAUGGCUACGGACAACAAGAUCAACGCAACAAAUUCCUGGAACUUCGCGCUCAUUGACUAUUUUCAUGACAUGUCGUUACUAAAGGAAGGCGAUUCUGUCAAUUUUCAAAAAGCUAGCUGCACGCUGGACGGCUGUGUUAAGAUCUACACGAGCAGAGUGGAUAGCGUAGCGACAGAAACAGGAAAAUUGCUAAGUGGCCUUGCGGACAGCGGUAACAAGAAGUCCGGUAGCGAGGAGGAAAAUAACGGUCAGGAAGGGGACGACGGCGAGGAUGAGGAAGGUGUCAAGAAGAAGACAAAACGAAAGGUACAACGAUCAUCAGAAGCGACCCUUGCUCCUUCAUUUGCUUCCUUGCAAUUGAAAAAAAUGGAACUUGAGUUCUCGGUAGACCCGUUAUUCAAAAAAGCUUCAGCCGAUUUUGACGAGGGUGGUGCAAAAGGCCUGCUCUUGAAUCACCUGACAAUUGAUGCGAACGGUAGGAUCGUGUUUGACAGCAGUGAUGAUGUUGAAGAUGCAUCUUCGGACAAUGAAGUACAAAUAGGAAACGAAAAUGCAGUGGAGAACAUAAAUGAGAAAGCGACCGCUGAGUCCGGGGAUGACAAGAAAUUAAAGGGCCCCUCGAAUAUAGAAGACACCCAUAUCGCAUCUUUGGGAUCUAAGUUCUUCCCCAAUUUGAGCUUGCUGGAAGAGCAGGAUCUUUGCCCAUCAUUGAAGAAUUUCGCUCUUGGUGAUUCGACAGGCUCGGGGGAGAUGCCAUUCUUAAAAGCACCGGAUGAUUGGCAACAGGGGCACAAAGAUUCGCAAUCCGGAGGGCUUGGUGAUCAGACCGGAAUAUUCCUCGAUGGUGACCAUGUCGAGGGUUUUGACGAUGAUGACAUAGGGCUCGAAGGGUUUGAUGUCGAUGCGGACGCAGGUUUUGGUGAUGGAGGGGAGGCUUGGGCGAAGAAUGCUGCGUUAGAAUCUCAAACGCGCUUGAUGAAUGUGGAGUUCGAUGAUGUUAACGGAAAUGGCCAGACCGAAGGAAUAGAGGCUGGUGCCUUUGAUCCUCAAGGUGACAAUUUUGCCCCUAAGCUGCUGCGGGGAAAGAUUGGAGCAGAUCAAGAUGGUAUACUGAGCUACUUCGAUCAGGCCCUGCACAAGAACUGGGCCGGUCCGGAGCAUUGGCGAAUACGAAGGAUCAAGGACAUAAACAAGCCACAAGCCGCUGCGACUUCCAGGCGAAAAGAAAAGGAACACCUUGUGAUCGAUUUCAACGCACCUUUGGCUACGAAUGCGGCAGAGACGAUUUAUACCCCAGCCUCCUCCAAUGCCGCGAUCUCUCUACCCAAAUCACAGCGGAGAUCAAAGACACGCAAUUUGCUCCCGGAUGACAAGCACUUCAAUUCAAAACAACUGCUCCGCCUAUUUUUGAAACCAAAUGCGCGAAUGGCCACAACGAGGAUACGCAUUGGAAAUGCAAGGAAAACAAGGCAAGAGGAAGCCCCAUCUGGUGAUGUGGACGAAGCGUUUUGGGCGCGCAGGCAACAGACUAUGCAAUCGGAUUCACCCACCGCUGAUGCGCCACAGGGUGAUUAUGAUGCCAACUUCUUCCAAGACGAUGGUGUGGGAUUUGCUGAUGGCCCACCGGACGAUGACGACGAGUUCGCGGACGCUAAAGAGGUUUUGUCGCCCCAUGAAGAUGGAAGGCCCACACCAGAGGUUCACGAUCCAGCAGAUACUCAAAGCGGAGCGUUUGGAACUCAAUUAGUAACACAAAAUCGGCGAGUGAGGCCAGAGUAUGUUCAAUAUGCUCGAGUGGCGAAGAAAGUCGACGUUCGGAGAUUGAAAGAGGAGAUGUGGAAGGGGAUUGGAUUUCAGGAUAAUCCUCCACAGCACGCGUCUCCUGACCCUCCUCCGAGCGUGGAUUCGGCUCCAUUGAAAUUUACUUCCGUAAUGAGCGAUCUCCAGCAAGUCUAUCCGAAACAAGCCAUGGAUGAUAUAUCGACUUCAUACUGUUUUAUAUGUUUGCUUCAUUUGGCGAACGAGAAAGGAUUAACGAUUGAUAAUGAACCCGGGUUAGAAGAAUUGAACAUAAGGAAGGACUUCACAGCUGAGGUGUCAGAGGUAGACGUAUCAUAG